UGAUCAGCUGAGACACGGAGAAAAGGUCAUAUCACCAAAAGCGAUGCAGCGGACGACACACACCAAAAUAAGCAUCUUGUAAGGAAGAGAAUAACUAAAGGCAACUCACCCGUUCAGGUGUCAGCCGUAAAAACAAACUGGGUGCUCUCCAAGCAAACUCCGCCCCUUUUGUCCCCCAGACACGGAAAAGAAAGUCCAGACGAGAUUGACGGCCAAAAGGCGUCAUGGCCUUCCGGAGGAGCUGGUUCAGUUGGGACCGGUACAGCGAGGUGGAUCUCUUCACCGACCGCUUCGACCAGAACAGCUCCCUCUCCCAGGCCAUCAGAGCCGCAGCAUCCGAGGAGCCGGACGCCGAUGGCAAUAUGUUCUUCGGCCAAAUACAGGGCACUGUUGUCGGCCUGAAAUAUUACGGCGGGGUGGUCAACCAAGGCGAAAUGGUCGGAUUGGUGCGCGAGCCCCAUAAUCCGUACGACCGCAACGCUGUCAUGGUCGCCAACAUUUACGGCAGUCAAGUCGGGCACAUCAAGCGGGAGCUGGCGGCCGCCAUGGCCCACAUCAUGGACAACAAGCUGGCGAAAGUAGAGGGGGUGGUGCACUCUGGGUCAAAAAAUAGAUUCUCCAUGCCGGUCAUUUUGUCCUUCUGGGGGAAAGAUGAGAACAAAAGUGGGGUGACUCAGUGUUUGGCACGCCACGGCUAUAAACUCAGUACAGGUGCAAGUCACAAGCCGUACAGCUUGGGUGCUGGGAUGGCAUCGAAUAAAAGAGGCGUGACUGUCCCACUCACGCCAGAGGAGCUGAAGAACGCCUUUGACAACCUCUUCGAAGGCUUGCUUGAAAGUAAAGAUGGUGAAAAAGAAGCAGCUGAAUCUGUGGCCACGCCACUCAUGCCCCACCAGAGGCAGGCGCUGUCCUGGAUGUGCGCUCGCGAGAACAAGUGCACCCUCCCGCCCUUCUGGGAGAAGCGAGGCGAGCUGUACUACAACACCCUGACGUGUUUCUCCGCCAAGGAAAUCCCAGAGAGGGUCCUCGGGGGCAUACUGGCGGACGACAUGGGACUGGGGAAAACGUUGACAACCAUCGCCCUCAUUCUCACCAAUUUCCAUGAAGGAAAGCCACUUCCUGUGUACAAGCGUGGGGAGCGGCCUUUGCCUGGAAAAGCUGACGGAGCCGGGCCCAGUGGCACAGCUCAUUAUCUACGCUCUGAUCCGACCCAGAUGGAGCAGCUGUACUCCCCCAUGUUCAAUGUAGUGGAUACAGCAAAGGUGUCCGAGAGAAGCAAGAGAAGCACCAAAACUAGCAAGAGAAAAUUUGGUAAAGAGUCCCCGCUGUUGCUGGAGGAUGUAGACUUUGCCUCAGCGUUGUUUGGGGGCCCCUCAUCACCUGCACACUCUUAUAAGAAGAAGAAGAAAAAAAAGGCCAGUACAAGUCAAGUCACUGAGUACUACAUCACAGACGGCUCCGGAGAGUCUUUAUCAGCAACUGCCACCCUGAUUGUGUGUCCGCUGUCAGUGCUCAGCAACUGGCUGGACCAGUUUGAGGAGCAUGUGCGAGCUGACGUAAAGCUGAAAGUGUACAUGUACCACGGCCAAGACCGCAACAGGAGCACCAAGUUCCUCUCCUCUCAGGACGUGGUGCUCACCACCUACAACGUCCUCGCCGCCGACUUUGGGAGCAAGAACAAGAGUCCCCUGCACGAGAUCAAGUGGUUGCGAGUGGUGCUCGACGAAGGCCACGUGGUGAGGAACCCCAGCACGCAGAUGAGCAAGGCCGUGCUCGACCUCAGAGCUGAGCGCCGCUGGAUUCUUUCCGCUGUACUUUGCAGAGUAUUCUUUGACUUGCUAGACAGGCAGCCACAUUCUGGAUUUUUCCACCUUGGCGGAGGCACGCCUAUCCAGAAUAGUGUGAAGGAUCUGUGGAUGCUGCUGGCAUUCCUGCGACUCAAGCCGUUCGAUGUGAGGGAGUGGUGGAACCGUGUAAUCCAAAGGCCCGUGACCCACGGGGACAGGGCUGGUCUCCAGAACCUUCAGACCCUGGUGAAGUGCAUCACUUUGAGGCGCACCAAGAACAGCGAGGUAAACGGGCGCCCCCUGGUGACGCUACCAGAGAAAAGCGUGUGUGUGGAGCAGGUGGAGCUGAGCUCUGCCGAGCGGGAGGAGUACGAGCUGGCACGCAAUGAGGGGCGACACACCAUUAGCAGAUACGUCACCGAGGGCACGGUGUUGAGGAAUUAUGCUGACGUUCUGGCCAUCCUGAUGAGGCUCCGACAACACUGCUGCCACCCCGACCUUCUGGCAAACACCUCCGCAGAUUCAGGCAUCGCAUCCACGCCCGCCGAGUUGCGAGAGCGCCUGAUCGAGAAGCUACGCAUGGUGUUGGCGAGCGGCUCGGACGAGGAGUGCUCCGUGUGUCUGGACUCUGUCCGCCUGCCCGUCAUCACGCACUGUGCCCACGUCUACUGCCGGCCCUGCAUCGCCCAGGUCAUCGGCACGGAGCAGGAGAGCGCUCGCUGUCCUCUCUGUCGAAGCGACAUCAAGAUCAGCGAGCUGGUGGAGUUUCCGCAGGAGGAGGCGGGGGAGGAGAGCAGUGGUAGUCCUGGGAAGUGGAGAACCAGCUCAAAGAUACAAGCGCUGAUGGGAAACCUACACAGGCUGCAGCGGGAAGACAGCAGCAUCAAGUGUCUGGUCGUCUCGCAGUUCACUCGCUUCCUCACCAUCCUGGAGACACCCCUCAGAGAGCAAGGCUUCUGCUUUGUGCGCCUGGACGGCACCAUGAGCCAAAAGAAGCGCACCCAGAUGAUACAGGAGUUCCAGAGCACCACUGCCAGCAGCCCCACCAUCAUGCUCCUGUCGCUCAAAGCCGGAGGGGUGGGGCUUAACUUGACAGCUGCAUCCCACGUCUUCCUCAUGGACCCGGCGUGGAACCCAGCCACCGAGGAGCAGUGUAUCGACCGCUGCUACCGUCUGGGUCAGAAGAAAAAGGUCUUCGUCACCAAGUUUAUUGUGAAGGACUCUGUAGAGGAGAACAUGGUGAAGAUCCAGAAGCAGAAGCAGGACCUGGUGGAGGCGGCGUUUGGCUCCAUCGGCACCGACAGGAAGACGUUGCGCAUCAACGAUAUCAAGGCGCUGAUGGAGUUGUAGUUUUGUCGUUUUACAGCUUCUACACAUUCUAAAUCUGUUUGUUCUUACAUUUGUGUUUUAGGAUAAAGCCCGCUACAGUAAA